UCUAUAGAAAGGCUUCUUCUUCUUCUGCUCUCAAACAGUACUUUGAACAUUCUCUCUCUCUCUUUUAUCUCUGAGAUUGCUUCUUCGCUAUUGCUCAAUUCUCUCUCUCACCUAACCCUAAUUAUUCAUUAUUCCUGAGAUUCAUCGGCGAUGAGUUCGGAGGAAGCCAAGGUCGUUGGUAAGUCUCCGGUUGAUUUCUCUUUCAAUUUCAUCAUUCCUUCUCGUAGAUUGAAUUUUGAGAUCUAGGGGUUUUUAUGUUGUUGUAGUGAUUCGAUUUGUUUCCGAGAUUUUUUUAAUGAGAAUGUGAUCGGAUCCAUGGUCUCGAUUAGUUCCGAGGAACUUUAGAUUGUUGGAAGAGCUUGAAAGAGGUGAGAAAGGUAUUGGAGAUGGUACUGUUAGCUAUGGAAUGGAUGAUGCUGAUGAUAUUUAUAUGCAAUCUUGGACUGGCACCAUUCUUGGUCCUCCUAAUACUGCAUAUGAAGGGAAAAUCUUUCAGCUGAAGCUUUUCUGUGGUAAGGAGUACCCUGAAAGUCCACCGACUGUGAGGUUCCAGACCCGGAUAAACAUGGCUUGUGUUAACCCAGAAACUGGAGUGGUUGAACCGAGUCUCUUCCCUAUGCUCACUAACUGGCGGCGAGAAUAUACAAUGGAGGACAUACUGGUUAAGCUGAAAAAAGAAAUGAUGACUUCGCAUAACCGGAAGUUAGCUCAACCCCCGGAAGGUAACGAGGAAGCUAGGGCAGAUCCAAAAGGACCAGCUAAAUGUUGUGUGAUGUGAAGAGAGGUUGGUGGGAAUCAGCUAUUUGUAUUAAUAGAAGGAACAGUGUAUAUAAAACAUCAUUUGAAGCUUUGAAAUUCCCUACAACUUCCUAAUGUUAUAGUCUUGUUUGAGAAUAUAUAUAUGUCCGCCAAAAACAGUUGAUGAUUAUUUUAAUAAACCUCAUCUCUACUUUCUCUUCUUAGUUCUUUACAUGAGUCCUAAGUUGUUCUUUGGAUUCCCCAGUUUGCUGUGAAAAA